AUUGCAGUAAAUUCUCAGUCCCCCAGAUUCUUGCUAUGGAGAGCAGCACAACUACGAAUUUACCAGCUCAUCAAGUCUUUGUCCCUGAGUGUUAACCCCAGAAAGCAGCUGCUGCCCAUCUCUGUGUUUGCUCUAACUACUUCUUAGAGACCACCCACAUGAUGCCCAGACACAGCCUCUCUGCCCUCCUCCUUCUCAUCCUGGCAUGCAUUGGUAUAGCUGAAGAUGCCAUUCAGUGCCCACCCUGCUCUCAAGAAAAACUCAUUCGCUGUCUGGACCCCACUGGGUGCCAGGAGCUGGUGAAAGAACCAGGUUGUGGAUGCUGUGCCACCUGUGCUCUUUCUAAAGGAGCACUUUGUGGGGUAUAUACCACCCGCUGUGGAUCUGGUCUUCGCUGUUACCCACCACGUGGGUCUGAUAAACCACUUCACACCCUCAUGAAUGGGCAAGGAAUCUGCACUGAAAUAGGCGAAAUAGAUUCCAUCCAGCAAAGUUUCCAGAUCACAGAGGAUGAUCAUUUCAACAUUAGCCCUUGUGGCCUUCAAGACAAGAAAUGCCACCAAAAACAACAGGCCAAAAUACAACGUAACCAAGUGAAUGGUGGAAGCAAGCUUGUAAAAACCUUCAACAAUGUUCAUGUCACAGACAUACGCCUGGGUUCUUGCCAUGGGGAAUUGAAUAGAGCUUUGGAGAGACUGGCAGCUUCUCAAGCCCGGACGCAGGAGGAUUUCCUGAAUAUUCCGAUCCCAAACUGUGACAAAAAUGGGCACUUCAACCCCAAACAGUGUCACCCAGCCCUUGAUGGACAACGGGGCAAAUGCUGGUGUGUAGACAGGAAAACUGGAAUUAAACUCCCAGGCCCGUAUGAUCCCAUCUCUGACCCAGAAUGUCAAAUAGCUUCUGAGAAUAUCAAGAAAUGAAUUGGAACAGGAUUGGACUCUGCUCUUGACAUCACCGCAGCUUAUCCUGACAAAGGGAUCCAACACUUCACAGACUUUUGGAAUUUACAAUAAUUAUUGCUGGCCCUGCAAAGACUGCAUCAUACGUUAACCCUAUUCCUGUUAGAGGGCCAGUAAAUGUGCUGAGAGCAAUAUGUUGUGAGCCUCUAUGGUUGGCAAGUGGUUAGGAUACCACUUUAAUAGAUAUGGUGGGGCGGAUUCAUAUUUUUUUAUUUAAUAGUUACUGGGUUUGUAUGUAGGAAUAAAUGUGCUCAAAUUACAGUCAAGUAAUAGUAGGGAAUGCUGAAGUGCCUAGCAAAUUACUGUAAAUAUGGCCGAAUGUGUGUCAGCUAUGUUUGAACUAGAAAGCAACAGGAGCACUAAAGAGAGGGAUUGUAUGGAGCAUGUGUGAAAUGCAUCAAUAGAGUAGUGGAGAUUUAUACUGAUCAAUUUUAAGGAUGGCUUAUAUAGAGAAAUACAUGUAAAAAACAGAUUUAAAAAGUUUUGGGAAGGGAAUUAUUAACCAUCAUACUGGUGAUCACUUACAGCUAAGAUGCCACUUUUUUUUAAAAAAAAAAUGUCUUUUUAUACCAAUAAGAUUGUCUCCUGGCCGUGCAGGCAACUUCCUCGCUAUCAGAGGGGGUGUCACAAAAAAAAAGAACAAUGUUGUUAGUAGCAGACACAGGGUGUACCUUGCAGGGCACAUAGUCCAUCUAAAUAGUUUCCUAAUUAAAAAAGGAGACACCACAAUUCCUCCGAACUGCAAGGAUUAUAUGAAACCCUAAGGGCAAUGUAAGUAAAAGCAUAAACUGUACAUUCUGACUUUAUUUGAAUAAUAAAAACACUGAUAUUUCCUUA